GGGCCGCUGCAUGCCGGGGGCCAGGAGAACAGCCGCGGCAGCCGAAGGCCGGGCCGCUGCCUCCGCCAUGGAUCCGGUCCGGCUGUUCCGCGACGCGGUGUGAGGGUGUGCAGUUAAAAAUGGUGCAGAAAUACCAGUCCCCUGUUCGAGUCUACAAAUAUCCCUUUGAGCUCGUCAUGGCGGCUUACGAGAAGCGCUUUCCCACGUGCCCAGAGAUCCCUGUCUUCCUGGGCAGUGAGAUCCUUCAGGAAUCCAAGAGUGAUGAUGGAGCUGUUCAUAUUGUCGAACGGAGCUGCAAGCUGAAUGUGGACGCCCCGCGGCUGCUGAAGAAGAUCGCUGGGGUAGAGUACGUCUUUUUCAUACAGAAGAACACUGUGAACUGGAAGGAGCGAACGCUCCUCAUUGAGGCUCACAACGAGACCUUUGCCAAUCGUGUUGUCGUCCUUGAGACCUGUAGCUACUCGGUUCACCCUGAGAAUGAAGAAUGGACGUGCUUUGAACAGUCUGCGUCUCUUGACAUCAAGUCGUUCUUUGGCUUUGAAAACACGGUGGAGAAAAUUGCCAUGAAGCAGUACACUGCCAACAUCAAGCGGGGCAAGGAGGUGAUCGAGCAUUACCUGAAGGAGCUGAUCUCCCAGGGCAUCACCUUCAUCCCCCGAUGGACGCCUCCACCAGUGAGCAGACAGAAGGAAAAGAGGGCCCUGGCUGUGGGACACAACCCUGGUAUUGUGCCAGCAGAGUCCUGCAUGCAUGGAACUACCAAAGAGCAGCCAGGCAGCUCCUACCCUGCUGCAGAGACGGCUAGCCCUGAUGCUGACAAACUGGACGCUGAGUACAUUGAACGGUACCUGGGGCAGCUGACUCCUAUGCAGGAAAGCUGCCUGAUCCGACUCCGUCAGUGGCUGCAGGAAAUGCACAAAGGCAAGUCAGAGGCUGGGGAAUGGAAGCCGGAAAAGAUCCCCAAAGAUGAGCAUAUCCUUCGAUUCCUGAGGGCUCGCGAUUUCAACAUUGACAAGGCUCGCGAGAUGCUCUGCCAGUCGCUGACCUGGCGCAAGCAGUACCAGGUGGAUUACAUCUUGCAGACCUGGAGACCCCCAUCCCUGCUGGAGGAGUACUACACCGGAGGGUGGCAUUACCAGGACAAAGAUGGCCGCCCCCUCUACAUCCUCCGCCUCGGUCAGAUGGACACAAAAGGUUUGGUGAAGGCCCUGGGAGAAGAGUCGCUCCUGCGACACGUUUUGUCCAUUAACGAGCAGGGACAAAAGAGGUGUGAGGAAAACACCAAUCUGUUUGGCCGUCCCAUCACAUCCUGGACGUGUCUGGUAGAUUUGGAAGGGCUGAACAUGCGUCACUUGUGGCGGCCUGGAGUUAAGGCGCUCCUUCGGAUAAUUGAGGUUGUAGAGGACAAUUACCCUGAGACACUGGGGAGGCUACUGAUCGUGCGAGCACCACGGGUUUUCCCUGUGCUGUGGACUCUGGUUAGUCCCUUCAUCAAUGAAAACACCAGGCAGAAGUUCCUCAUCUACAGCGGCAAUAACUACCAGGGUCCUGGAGGGCUUGUAGACUAUCUGGACAAAGACGUGAUUCCAGAUUUCCUUGGAGGAGAAUGUAUGUGCAACGUCCCUGAGGGUGGACUCGUCCCCAAGUCACUUUAUCAAACAGAUGAAGAACCGGAGAACUCUGAUCACAUCCGACUAUGGACAGAAACCAUCUACCACUCUGCAAAUGUUCUUAAAGGGGCUCCCCAUGAGAUCAUUGUGGAAAUCCUGGAGGGUGAGUCUGUGAUCACGUGGGACUUUGACAUCCUGAAGGGAGAUGUGGUGUUCUGCCUCUUUCACUCCAAGCGAGCGCCCGAGACCAGUCGCAAAGAGGCCACUUCAUCAAGUGCUUCGACUGCUGGGGACAACGUGCAGCUAAUCGAUAAGAGCUGGGUUCUGGGGGUGGAUUAUAGCCGCAUGGAGUCUCCGCUGGUGUGCCGGGAAGGAGAGAGCAUCCAGGGAUCUCAUGUGACUCGUUGGCCUGGCUUUUAUGUUCUGCAGUGGAAAAUGCACAGCUCUUUGCCCUGCUCUGGCACCAGCCUCCAUCGAGUAGAUGAUGUCCUGGCCUCUUUGCAAGUUUCCAGUCACAAAUGUAAACUCAUGUACUACUUUGAGGUGCUUGCAUCCAAGGAUUUCAGGGGGUCCAUGUCAAGCCUGGAAUCCUGCAACAGUGGCUUUUCCCAGCUCAGUGCAGCCACGACAUCUUCCAACCAAUCCCAGAGCAGCUCCCUCAUUUCUAGAUAGCGUGGCGUAGGCUUCUAUUGACCUCUGAAAUGUUACAUCUGUGCUUGGAGGCCUCCCUCCAGGGCAGCUCUGGGGACCAACCCAAAGAGGCUGCAGUGUGCCUCAGCGUCAAGGCUUUGGGGGCAGUCAUUCAUAAGACCACGAGUAGCAGCAGUCUGGGGAACUCUUUGGAAUCUAUUUUCAGUCAGAGACGUGUGACUUUUCAAUCUGCAAACUGGAUUCCGUUGAAAGGCCUAUGUACCAGUUGUGUUUUAACAGACCUGUGUUUUAGGGUGAAUAUCACUUUGCAUGAAUCUGUGUAUUACUAAGGUCAAAGGGCUUUUUCCAAUCAGUCCUAUUUCUACAUACGAUAGAGGAGACUGAUGUGGCCUUAUCUGUAAUGACCCGUAGAACUAGACUUAUUCACAUGUAGCAAAAUUAGUCUAGUUUUUCUGGGCGCCUGCAAUACCAAUGACACUCAAGGUACAGUGGGUGUUUCAGCAGCAGGGACUUGAAGCAAAUUGUAAAUAAAUACCAGAAUACAGGCCAGUACCUGUACAGGCCAGGGUGGGGGGGAAAGUGGAGAAACUUCCAAGGUAACCCAAACCUGAAACCUCUCCCAAUCCGAUUGGAUGUUGCUUGGCAAUACUUUCAAUUUUUUGUUAAAACAGUAUUUCCUACAGUGCGUAGGCAGAAAGCCUACCUCCAGCAAGCAAGUCCUUUCUUAAAGACACCCACUUGUCUUUAUUUCCUCCUCAGGUUUAUGAGCAAUAAAUGAGUGUUUCUCUGACCCAUCCCAUCAGACAUGGUGGGAAUCGAAUCACAUUAUAAAGGGCUAAGAAAAGCAAUAUGUUCUUUCCUUAAAGGCACAAAGUUUUAUGGCAGCAUUAUAGGAGCUGCUCCUUUAAAAACGGGCUAACUUGUAGAGGAGAGAACUCUCUCUCUCUUUUUCUAAAGUACGCGUGCAUGUGUAUUUAAACACUUAAUGAAACAUAUUUAUUCAAAUUGUAUCAUAGCUUAUUUUAAAUUAUUGUUUAUUUAUAAUUUCAGUGAUAACUAUUUAUUGAACCUGAUCACCUUUUUUAACCAGCUGCACUUUUUUGUUUUAAAAGGGAACGGCGGAUCUUGAAUCCCACAGACCUUUAGAUUUCAUUUCUAGUCUCUGUGGCAGCUGGGCAUCUUACCGUUCAGGGCUGUAGCACUCAGGGCAGCAUGUCAUCUCUUCUCCCAAAGCUCAUGGGCGUGGCCCCAGUGACUUCAAGAUUACUCGUGUGAGUAAGGGUUUGCAAGAGCAGGGACCGAGCUUGUGGAUGGUAUUGGCAGGGAGGGAGCAUUAAGAGCUGUUGAAGAUAUGUUCUUGUACAAUCUCUGCUGAUUACAUCAGUGACGGACGUAUUGCAAAAGGAGUAAGAACCCAUUUAAAAUAAUUUACAUGGCAGAAAAGAAGUAACCUGUAUUCUUUCCUCAAGUACUAGGAAGUUAGAAAAACAGGUGGCCAAUACCGAGCUGCUUCUGGGCAGUAUUUGUAACUAACAGACAUGCAAGAGGUAUUCCUCAAUAAGCAGUUUAUCUUCUCUGCCCCAACCAUCCCUAACUGUUUUCACUACCUUCAUUUGCUUGUUUCUAGGCACAGGGCACUGCCAGAAUGGGGAGGAGGUGGGGGGACUAAUUGAUAACUGGAGCAAUGUACAUAAGAAAGUUAGUGUAUAAAUAUGUAGGCUGGAUUUUCAAAAGCUCCAGUGACAGUGCGACCAGCUACACAGUAAAACCUACUAAAUAAGAACGAACAUCAGGGACUCUUCCAAGCAUUUGUCAGUGCUUCAUUAUCUCCAUCAAGUGAACGAGGGUUUUGCCUUUCUCAGGUAGGGGCUGCCAUUUUAAUGAUACCUCUCAACCAAGUCCCAGUUUAAUGCAAAGAGGGAAUGGAAAAUGGGCUUCACCAUGAGAGAGCCCUGGAAAUCAAAGUUGGCGAGAGCGAGUGUAUUUGUACCCACAUACACAAAGUUGCUUUAACCACAGUUGACUCGCUUUCUAAAAACCAUUACGCAAUUUACUGUAUAACUUUUAAACUGUUUUGAUUUCCAGCACUUUCCAACAGCAAAGCCCAAGUCCUAUUCUGGGCCAUAUUUCCAGAUGGCUGCUUGUUUCUUGGUUUGACAGUUAAGUUUUUUCACAUUUACUCUGUCCCUGUGCGAAUAGUUCUCCUUUAUUCAGUAAAAAGUACUGAAGGUGGAAUUCUCAGCUUAGAAUUUAUUACGCACCUGCACAUUCUGAACUGAGAUGGGGGAACAAGAGCCUUAAGUGGAAGGGGUAUAGGCCAGGGGAUGGCUCACUCCUGCUGUCUUUCUAGGGCUUCUUACAAGGGCCAGUGGUGUUUCCCAUGAUCCUGGAACGUCAAUCUCCCGUGCACUGAGUACCAUGUAUGAGGUUACACUGUAAUUCCAGACGUGGGACAAAGUAAAACUCCUCUGAAACUUGACUUUCUUUUUUUCUAGGCUACAUUAGCUCAUAAGGCAUAAAGCUCACUUCUUCAGAGCAUGCUCCAGUGACUGGAGCGCAAGGUGAUUGGUGUCCUGGGUUCUAUUCACAGCUCCCCAUUGAUUCCUUGUGAUCCAGAGCAAAUUCUUUAGGCUAGAACAGUGACACUCAGACUGAGCUCCUGAGCUGCAAGUGGCUCUUUAACAUGUCUCUGUGGCUCUUCGCAACACAUGAUAUUAAAAUACCAUGUGAUUUUAAUUAUGAACCAAUCAGGAUGCUUUUACUAUGUUGUUAACCAAUUGUAGUUGAUAAAAUAAUAAUACUUGGGUCAGUCAUUUUGUGUGUGUGUGUGUGUAUAUAAAUACAUACACUAAAAUUUCCCCUGCCAGACCGUUUAAAGAUGAAUAUAUAGCACUACAGUAAAUGAAACAAUGCGUUCCCACUCUGGCAGCUCUCUUGGGUAAUGUUGAUCAUUAAUUUGGCUCCUGAACCACUGAGGUCUGAGGAUCACUGGGCUAGAACUUUCAAAAGUCCAAUGAUAGACCCAUGUAAGUUUUAGAAGUGCUGAGCACCUGUUGAAGUCAAUGGAGCUGUGGCUGUGCCACACUUCUGGAAAAUCAGGCCCAGCUGUCUAAUUGGGCACCCAGAAUGAAAUCACUUCUGUAAAUUUGGGCUUUAAUCUCUUUUUGUUUGUUACUCCAUCUGUAAAAUGCACACAAUACCUACCUCACAGGCUCAUUGCAAGGUUGACAUUUGUAAAGGCUUUGGAGAUCUUGAGAGGAAAGGCAAAGUGUUACAUGACCAUCUCUAUAGCUUAAAAAUCACAUGGCCAUAUUUACACCUUGACUCGUGUGGGUCUGCAAAUAUACCCCAACUUGCUGUGUACCCGAUUGUGUAUAAAACGUGAUUUGCAUUGAACUCUGGAUGCCAGACUACAUUUCUAUUGUCAUGCAGGGGCAAAAGCCAGAAUGUUCCAGUUGAGUUCAGGGCUUGUGGCUAAAUAUUUAAAUGGGGUUUGUUUUAAAGGGGCUUUUUUUUAUUGUCCUGCAUGGACCACAAACUUAGUUUUGCAGAAGGGCUGAGAGGGACUUGAGUCCAAGUGGCCUUGAUCUGACUGAAGCAGCAUUGCUAGAUUUUCUUCCCAGCAGCCCAUGUACGGAGAGAACCAAAAGGAGUGUUCUGGAGCACAAAAAUCAUACGAAUAAAGCACUAUUGUAUUUUUUCUCUGUUAGGGAUAGACUGUAAAUUCCCUUUGAUAUGGAUCCUUUCUCUAUAUUGUUUUCCUACUGUGGAAAAUGUGUCGAAACAAUCUUCUAUUGGGUGAUUUAGCUAGUGAAAUGCUGAGCUAUGGUGAUGAUUCAGUGUUAGAGGAUUGGGAUACUAUUUCACACAUUGUUUGAAUAGUCUUUGUUUUGCAUUUACAAUCCCAGGGCUGGACUUCAGUGGCACAUUGCUGCUUAAAAGGUGGCAGUUGUGCUCACCUUGCCUACAGUCUUGCAAACAAGACAGACUCUGAUGCCCUACUCCAAAGGUCAUUUUAACUGGUCAAUUUAAAAACUGGUUGGUGGGAAAAGGGCCAGAAUCUGCAGGUCCUACCUACUGAACUCGGGUGCUAAGCUGUCACGUGUUUAACGUAUCUGUUAAGGCCAGUUGUAUCAGCAAAGCCAGUGACCUUCUUUUGAAAUGCAGUUCACUUCCUCACCCUCCUCAUGCUAAUGGUCAUGUAAUUAUACUGUAAGACCCUUCUUUACAGGUUAAGGCUGAAAGACUAUUUGAAGGGCAUUUGUCAGCACCUUCUGCCUGGUGUUGGUUUUCUAUGCUCCCAGCACAGACUUGAGAAAAUUCUUCUAACUAGCCAUAAAGGAUGU